GAGAACGCAGACAAGAAUGCGAAGUGGUAGACCAAGAGAGUACAUCAUAAGGGGGUUUGGCUUCGCUCUUCAGAUUUGGGCCUUUGAAGUGUUCCCAGCUUUGGAAGCAUUGCAUUUCACGGUCCAUGAAGACAAUAGGCACAUCCCUCGAAUAUUACAUUGGAGGAGCAACACGGUGGCCCGUUUUCGGGAGGUUAUGAGUCAGGUUUUUGAAAACUUUGAGGUUGAUGUGCAACUUCUCCGGCCAACAGAUAUUGAGAAGCAACAACCUUACUGGAGUUGGGGUGAUGAUGACAACGAAGAACCAAUGGUUGAAUUAUUUGGGGAUGAGGCCGAAAGAAAAAACCGGCACUUCUAGUGAAGAAAAAGACGCGGAUGUUGAGGAAACAGCCACCCUUCCCUCCUCUUCUAAGGCCAAAGGGUCUGUUAAUGACGUUCGCAGUUUGAAGCAUCAAUUACGCAGC